AUCCUCAGUUUGUCAUUUACCAGCUGAAGGUUAAGAUAUUCACAUCAUCUACAGGACCCACUAGACGAGAGGAGAAGCACAUGUAUUUUGAUUUCCCCCAGCCACUUCCUGUGUGUGGGGAUAUCAAGGUAGAAUUUUUCCACAAACAGAAUAAGAUGAUGAAAAAGGUUUGUACAUAUUUAGCAUUCCAAAAACUGUAGGCAUGCUGCGAUACCUCUGCACUUCUUUAGAUCACAUGCUCUAGGCAUCUUGAAUAAUUAUACAUUCAGUAUUGGCACAUUAAAUGGUUUACAUAAACCAUAAGCACGAUCCAUGCAACUGGAUGUGAUAGACCAGUGAUUGCAGAGGUUUGACAUUGCAACUUUUGUACCCUGGAUAAUCCAUACCGAACAACCAAAGAGGAACUGCACACACAUAUGAAUUCACGCUUGGUUCUCCAAGGAGAGGUAGCAGCACACUGCCAAUAGCCAGCACUUCCAUAGAAAGGUCCGUCCACAUGUCACUUAGAUUUAAUGGAACCAAGCUACAGACCAAAAUUUCGACUUGAAAAGGACUUAUGGAUUCGAAACGUCCUGCAGCUCGGCUCGAUUAAAAGUGCUAAUGCUGCGACUUGUGUGGUGCUUUGACCUUUGUUUGGUAGUGCUGUAUAAUCAAUGCAGCAUAGACCAGAUAUUACACUUGCUCUGUUGGUAGAGGAGUAUGUGAAAACAAACACCUGGAAACCUGCUGCACCUGUAGCUGUAAUUAAUAGGGUAAAUUACCAGUGCUUAUCUUUUGUAAUUCUUAGCUGUGCAUCUACACCUCUCUGAGCUGGCAGUCGGAUUAAAUAUUUACAUACCACCUGCUUGCAAGCACAUGCUGUGAAACUGAUACAAGAAGGGCUAGAUUAAGUCUGACCCCUGGCUUGUGGAAUGCCAGGUUUGUGUUCCUAUGCCAAAUGAUGUGAAACUUGAAAACUGGUCAGUAAGCAAAUGAUUUCUUGAUAAGAGUGUAAAUUAACAUUGCACAGUGGUAAUGGUUAGCUGCUGUAGAACCCAGUGUACAUACUAAUAAUGUGUGUAAAUAUAAUGUACAUGGUUUCCCUCCAGAUAGUUUUUCAAAACAUAUAUGGUUUAAAACAGCCGGGGGGGGGGAAUAUUCCAAAUAUUGCUAUGACUAUACUUUUGUACAUAAUCAGCAAGGCAAAAAAAUAUAUUUUAUGCCUUUUGACCUUGUGCGUGCAUGUUACUUUUAUAGAUUUACUUUGGUUGACUGCAGGUGAGCACGUUCAGGAACAAGAUUAUAAAUGUGAAAGAUAAAUGCAUACAAAUGAAACUAAUCACAAAUGUUGGAGGUUAGAGGGAUAGUCCAGACUUUUUAUAGAGCUCUAUAUAGUCUUGCUUAGCAGUACUUUGUUGAAGACCGUAUUCCAGAGUCCACAAUUCUAAAUCCGUUCUUGGAAUUACGGUAUUGGUUAGUAUGCUCAUGUCCUCCUUCAAAUAGGCACGAAACACCCUCUUAGUUUUAAACCACUGUACAUUAAACUCUAAGAAUUAAUUGGAUGCGUGUGUUUCAAAUGUGAGGGAGUUCGAAGUCAUUAACUCAUAGAGAAAAUUGUUAGAACGUUGCUUUUUUUUUUUUUGGUUUUGUUUUUUUGCGCUAAUCAUUAGCUAAGGAAUGCCCCUGGAUUAAGAAUCGUUAAAGGGACACUAUAGUCACCCAGACUACUUAAUCAAAUUGAAGUGGUCUGAGUGCAGUGUUUCAGUCCCACUUAGUUCGGCAAUGUAAGUCAUUUAGGUAUAAUUACAUUGCAGGACCAAGACUGCCUCUAGUUACAGCCUCUAGAGACCCUUCCUGGUGGCUAACUGACUUUUGGUUGUCCAACUGAUGCUGGUGGUCCUCACGCUCUGCAUGAGGAUAUCCAGCAUUGGUAACAUUGCUUUAGGAAAGCAUUGAAGCAAUGAAAAUGUAUCCCUGGCAAGUACAAUUUUUAUUUAUUUUCUCAAACUUUGCUUUAAGUUGAGAAGUAGCAUAUCUUGGAUAUACACAGUAUUAAAUUGCAGCUAUCAAUUUAGCAUUUUGUUACGUGAUUCAAGAAGCAUGGGUUCCAAGGUGUUUAGAAGGUGAUAUUUCUUGAUCUGAUUGGCGGCAGCACCACCAGGAAUCGCUUAGUGUUGUCUUGUUUAAUAUGUAGAUAAAGAAAUUGUAACACAUUUUUUUGGCCUGUAAACAUUUUUUUUUUUUUUUUUUUCAUUAGGAAAAAAUGUUCCAUUUUUGGAUUAAUACGUUCUUCAUACCAGGGCCUGAAGAAUAUUCUGAAAAAGUUGAAAAUGGAACCUUAGUUGGCGAGAAUGAACUUGAUGGGAUAUACAGCACAGAACAUUCAGACAACGACAAGGAAUAUCUCACUCUUACUUUAACAAAAAAUGACCUAGACAAAGCUAACAAAGAUAAGGCCAACAAAAACUUCUCUCCAAACUUCAAGGUAUGUGUACUUAAAAAUUUCUUACAUUUGUAAAUCUCAUAACCAAAAGGUAAUGUUUCAAAAGACAUUCUGCAAUAUCAAAAUUUUUCCUAAUUUGAAUCUUUUAAAAUCUUCAGUUCAGUCUAGUCGUUCGAAGUCCAUUUGGCCCACCACCUUCAUUGAAAAGCUUCCCAGAAAGUGUAUAUAUGGCAUGUUUUUAAUUUUGUUACUAGACUUGUUACAACAGCUAUGUGUAUAACUUAAGUAAAAAAAAUUGUUUUGUUUUUCUUAUAGGUGAAGCUUUUUUUCACAAAAACC